AUGGCAAGCAAGGCAGAUUCUGACUCGCCACCGUCCGCCUCGGCAGCCGAUAUACUCAAGCCGCUAUCCCAGGGUAGCAAUUUCCCUAGUAGUGGGGCUGUCGCUGCUAGGGCACGAGAACAAAUGCAAAAUGCAUCCUCUUCGCCUGCUUCUUCCCCUACCUCUUCACCGGGGACGCCUCGAUCAGAGAGUCAGGGCAGUGCAAGUGUGGGGUCCGUUCAAAAACGCAACGAGACGGUGCAUACUAUGUAUGAGAAGGAUGGGGAUGGAACGAGGAGUUUUAGAAGGUUAAUUGUUGAGUACAAUUAG